AUGUUAGAUCAGUCGCAACUCUUCCGCAAGCCCUUCGGUCUCAUUCCGCCGCCGUCUCCGGUGCUGCGGUCUGCGACUCGCUCCCUCCAUCUCUCUAGCGGUCGUUUACCUUAUCCAUCGUCCUCUUCUGUUCCGGUCUCCCGCCGCCAGGUCUCCCUGACAAUGGCUUCGAACUCGAAACGGCAAGAAUCUUCUUCUGAAUUCAGCAGCGCCACCGAUCUGGAUCGAUUCGCCGCCGUGGGAAAUGCACUGGCUGACGCUUCCGGCGAGGUCAUCAGAAAGUAUUUCCGGAAGAAAUUCGAUAUUGUCGAAAAAGAUGACAUGAGUCCUGUUACAAUAGCUGAUCAAAUGGCUGAAGAGGCUAUGGUGUCUAUUAUAUUCCAAAACUUCCCUUCUCAUGCUAUAUAUGGUGAGGAGAAAGGUUGGAGAUGCAAAGAGGAAUCUUCAGACUAUGUUUGGGUUUUGGACCCAAUCGACGGAACAAAGAGCUUUAUUACUGGGAAGCCUGUGUUUGGUACGUUGGUAGCUCUGCUCUACAAAGGCAAACCGAUUCUAGGUCUAAUUGAUCAGCCUAUUCUGAAAGAGAGAUGGAUAGGAAUGAGUGGAAGAAGAACUAAAUUAAAUGGGGAAGAUAUCUCAACACGAUCAUGCCCGAAAUUGUCACAAGCAUAUUUAUACACCACUAGCCCACAUCUUUUCAGUGAAGAGGCAGAAAAGGCAUUUGCUCGAGUUAGAGACAAGGUAAAGAUGCCAUUAUACGGCUGUGAUUGUUAUGCUUAUGCUCUCCUGGCUUCUGGAUUUGUCGAUCUUGUUAUUGAAUCCGGUCUAAAGCCAUAUGAUUUCCUAGCUCUGGUGCCUGUAAUAGAAGGCGCUGGAGGUACCAUAACCGACUGGAACGGUAACCCACCUCUUUGGGAAGCUUCAUCAAAUGCAGUUGCUACAAGCUUUAAUGUAGUUGCAGCAGGAGAUUCAGACAUUCACCAGCAAGCAUUGGAGUUACUUGAGUGGCAGUGA